GUUGUAGUUGACUUUAAUGGAGCGGAAGGCAAAGGAGAGGAUAUUAAGUCUGUAACUGAAAGUACAUCUCUAAAGGUUUUGCCACCGUGGAUGAUAAAGCAAGGGAUGAGUCUUACAAAAGAACAGCGUGGAGAAGUGAAGCAGGAGAUGAAGAUGGAUGGGGCUUCAACUUCCACUGCGACACAGUAUUCAGAUGACAAAAAGUCAACAGUUGAACAGGAUGAUAAAAAAAGCUUACAGGAUGAAUACAUUAAGGCUUAUUAUGCAGCAUUACUCAAAAAACAACAAGAAUUGGAAGAGGCUGCAAAAGCACAAGAACAGUCAUCAAAUGCAUCUGCGCUUGAGGAUCCUUUUAGUGGUGCUUCGCAUCGUCAGGUUGGCAUGAAAUCAAAACGUGAGGACGAUGAUGGUACUGAAUGGGAGGAGGCUCCAAUUUCAGGCAAUGCAAAUGAGAAUUACAAGGUCAAUGACUUGAAUGUUGAAGCUGAGGUGGCAGCGGAUGACGAAGAGGAUGACGAUGUUGACUGGGAGGAAGGUUGAUGAAAGUAUUAUGGUUAGCCUGAAAUCACUUUUGGUCCUCCAAUGAUUUUGUAAAAUCAUGGCUUACUCUUCAAGAUUUGAUCAAUGAAAUGCUGAUGCUUUCUUGGUGUGCAUUGCCUUGAAUUUGGUUCAUCAUUUUGUGUCUGAUGUAUUAUAAAAAAUUUAGGGCGAUUUGCAUUUUAACUUACAAAGCAUCAAGGAAGUAAUUAUCCUCAUAGCA